CCAAAAACUAAUUUUGUGAUCACUAAUAAACCAUACAUUUGCCUUCUAUUUCUUCUCAUACUCAAAGAAAACAAUGUCUAAUAUUGUUAUUGUUUUCGACUUUGACAAAACCAUCAUUGAUUGUGAUAGUGAUAACUGGGUUGUCGAUGAAUUCGGUUUCACUGAUUUGUUCAAUCAGCUCCUUCCCACAAUGCCUUGGAACUCCCUUAUGGAUAGGAUGAUGAUGGAGCUUCAUUCACAUGGUAUAACCAUUCAAGAGAUUGAAAAUGUUCUUCAUAGGAUUCCAAUUCAUCCCAGAAUCAUACCUGCUAUUAAAUCAGCAUAUGCUUUAGGAUGUGAUUUGAGGAUUGUGAGUGAUGCCAAUAAGUUUUUCAUUGAAACUAUUGUAAAGCAUUUGGGGAUAAGUGAAUGCUUCACAGAGAUUAACACUAAUCCAGGUUAUGUUAAUCAACAAGGAAGAUUAACAAUUUCGCCUUACCAUGAUUCCAAUAAGGCUUCACAUGGUUGCCCUCUAUGCCCUCCAAAUAUGUGCAAGGGUUUAAUCAUUGAUAGAAUCCAAGAUACAGUUAGUGAAGUGGAUACCAAGAGGUUCAUCUACCUUGGUGAUGGUGCUGGUGAUUACUGUCCAAGCUUGAGACUUAGAGAAAGAGAUUUUGUGAUGCCAAGGAAGAAUUUUCCAGUUUGGGAUUUGAUAUGCAAAGAUCCUUCGCUUGUUAAGGCUGAAAUGAAUGGUUGGCGUGAUGGAGAUGAGUUUGAACAAGUUUUGAUGAAGUUGAUCAACAGAAUUAUGAUUGAAGAAAAUGCGAAAUUCAUUUCAAGUGAUUGCAAGCUACAAUCUCUGUCUCUUCCAGUGCUUGAAUCAUUGCCAAAACCUCUCUCAGUUAGACCAUAGAUUUUUAGUUUACAAUCUUACCAUGUAUCAUAACCUAAUUAUAGUUUUUCUUGGAUCUUUGUUUAUAACUUUAAUCAACUUUUUAUAGUACUACUAAUCCUGAUCAAGAUGGAUUUGUAUUCCUAUCAUAUACAAAGAUCAAUUUGUUCA